CGUUCAGCUCUGGCCGUCCACAGUCCGAGGCGCGGGUUAGGAAGUUCGUGUCAGCGCUGCCUGAGCUCGUCCCCUGGAAGUCCGGGUCUCCCCAGGCCUCCACCCGCCGGUUCCCAUCGUGACCUCGAGCCGCAGCGCGAGGGGAGCGCUCGGACGCGCCGGGUGUGGUUCGGGAAAGGGGUUGUGCCGCACGCGGGCUGCGUGCUGUGCCCACACAAAAGGUUCCGGGCGCGCAGGAGGGAAGAGGCAGUGCCCGCCACUCCCACUGAGAUUGAGAGACGCGGCAAGGAGGCAGCCUGUGGAGGAGCUGGGGAGGAUUUAGGAACGCACCGUGCACAUGCUUGGUGGCCUUGUUAAGUGGAAACUGCUGCUUUAGGGUUUGUUUGGAAGGUCCGGGUGACUCAUCCCAACAUUUACAUCAUUAAUUGUUAAAGCUCUGCCUCCCAGCGCGCGCAUCCUGAGAUCCUGAGCCUUUGGUUAAGACCGAGCUCUAUUAAGCUGAGUGAGUAAAUGAAAGAUAAAAACUCUCCAGAUGUCUUCCAGUAAUGUCGAAGUUUUUAUCCCAAUGUCACAAGGAAACACCAAUGGCUUCCCCGCGACAACUUCCAAUGACCUGAAGGCAUUUACUGAAGGAGCUGUGUUAAGUUUUCAUAACAUCUGCUAUCGAGUAAAAGUGAAGAGUGGCUUUCUACCUUGUCGAAAACCAGUUGAGAAAGAAAUAUUAUCAAAUAUCAAUGGGAUCAUGAAACCUGGUCUCAACGCCAUCCUGGGACCCACAGGUGGAGGCAAAUCUUCGUUAUUAGAUGUCUUAGCUGCAAGGAAAGAUCCAAGUGGAUUAUCUGGAGAUGUUCUGAUAAAUGGAGCACCGCGACCUGCCAAUUUCAAAUGUAAUUCAGGUUACGUGGUACAAGAUGAUGUUGUGAUGGGCACUCUGACGGUGAGAGAAAACUUACAGUUCUCAGCAGCUCUUCGGCUUCCAACAACUAUGACGAAUCAUGAAAAAAACGAACGGAUUAACAGGGUCAUUCAAGAGUUAGGUCUGGAUAAAGUGGCAGACUCCAAGGUUGGAACUCAGUUUAUCCGUGGUGUGUCUGGAGGAGAAAGAAAAAGGACUAGUAUAGGAAUGGAGCUUAUCACUGAUCCUUCCAUCUUGUUCUUGGAUGAGCCUACAACUGGCUUAGACUCAAGCACAGCAAAUGCUGUCCUUUUGCUCCUGAAAAGGAUGUCUAAGCAGGGACGAACAAUCAUCUUCUCCAUUCAUCAGCCUCGAUAUUCCAUCUUCAAGUUGUUUGAUAGCCUCACCUUAUUGGCCUCAGGAAGACUUAUGUUCCAUGGGCCUGCUCAGGAGGCCUUGGGAUACUUUGAAUCAGCUGGUUAUCACUGUGAGGCCUAUAAUAACCCUGCAGACUUCUUCUUGGACAUCAUUAAUGGAGAUUCCACUGCUGUGGCAUUAAACAGAGAAGAAGACUUUAAAGCCACGGAGAUCAUAGAGCCUUCCAAGCAGGAUAAGCCACUCAUAGAAAAAUUAGCGGAGAUUUACAUCAACUCCUCCUUCUACAAAGAGACAAAAGCUGAAUUACAUCAACUUUACGGGAGUGAGAAGAAGAAGAAGAUCACAGUCUUCAAGGAGAUCAGCUACACCACCUCCUUCUGUCAUCAACUCAGAUGGGUUUCCAAGCGUUCAUUCAAAAACUUGCUGGGUAAUCCCCAGGCCUCUAUAGCUCAGAUCAUUGUCACAGUCAUACUGGGACUGGUUAUAGGUGCCAUUUACUUUGGGCUAAAAAAUGAUUCUACUGGAAUCCAGAACAGAGCCGGGGUUCUCUUCUUCCUGACGACCAACCAGUGUUUCAGCAGCGUGUCGGCCGUGGAACUCUUUGUGGUAGAGAAGAAGCUCUUCAUACAUGAAUACAUCAGCGGAUACUACAGAGUGUCAUCUUAUUUCCUUGGAAAACUGUUAUCUGAUUUAUUACCCAUGAGGAUGUUACCAAGUAUUAUAUUUACCUGUAUAGUGUACUUCAUGUUAGGAUUGAAGCCAAAGGCAGAUGCCUUCUUCCUUAUGAUGUUUACCCUUAUGAUGGUGGCUUAUUCGGCCAGUUCCAUGGCACUGGCCAUAGCAGCAGGUCAGAGUGUGGUUUCUGUAGCAACACUUCUCAUGACCAUCUGUUUUGUGUUUAUGAUGAUUUUUUCAGGCCUGUUGGUCAAUCUCACAACCAUUGCAUCUUGGCUCUCAUGGCUUCAGUACUUCAGCAUUCCACGAUAUGGAUUUACGGCUUUGCAGUAUAAUGAAUUUUUGGGACAAAACUUCUGCCCAGGACUCAAUGCAACAGUAAACGAUACUUGUAACUAUGCAACAUGUACUGGCGAAGAAUAUUUGGCAAACCAGGGCAUCGAUCUCUCACCCUGGGGCUUGUGGAAGAAUCACGUGGCCUUGGCUUGUAUGAUUGUUAUUUUCCUCACAAUUGCCUACCUGAAAUUGUUAUUUCUUAAAAAAUAUUCUUAAAUUUCCCCUUAAUUCAGUAUGAUUUAUCCUCACAUAAAAAAGAAGCACUUUGUUUGAAGUAUUCAGUCAAGUUUUUUGUUGUUUUCUGUUCCCUUGCCAUCACACUGUUGCACAACAGCAAUUGUUUUAAAGAGAUACAUUUUUAGAAAUCACAACAAACUGAAUUAAACAUGAAAGAACCCAAGAUAUCAUGUAUCGCAUAUUAGUUUAUCUCCUCAGACAGUAACCAUGGGGAAGAAAUCUGGUCUAACUUAUUAAUCUAAAAAAGGAGAAUUGAAUUCUGGAAACUCCUGACAAGUUAUUACUGUCUCUGGCAUUUGUUUCCUCAUCUUUAAAAUGAAUAGGUAGGUUAGUAGCCCUUCAGUCUUAAUACUUUAUGAUGCUAUGGUUUGCCAUUAUUUAAUAAAUGACAAAUGUAUUAAUGCUAUACUGGAAAUGUAAAAUUGAAAAUAUGUUGGAAAAACGAUCCUGUCUUAUAGGGUAAAAAAAGCCACCGUGAUAGAAAAAAAAUCUUUUUGAUAAGCACAUUAAAGUUAAUAGAACUUACUGAUAUUUCUCUCUAGUGGUAUAAUAUCUCAGGAAUCUUGGCUGAGGGUUUGGAACUGUAGGUAGAGUAGGGGGCUGGGAGUCCAGUAAUAGAAUUCUUGCACCAUUUCUGGAACAUUCUAGCUCUGGAAGGUCACGUAACCUUCUUGGGGUAGUUCAGUGGUUUAUAAUCCAGGUGUGUGUCAGAAUCAUCUGAGGAACUUUGCUAAAAUACAAAAGUCUGGCCUAAGUAUCUCCAGCUCUACCUUCAUAAAGGAAUCUGACCACUCCUGGAUUUGGUAAUUUCCAAGCUCUGAAAAUUUUACUUGGGAUUUAAUAACUAUUACAUCUGUCCCUGCGUAGGUUUUCUUUCCUACUUAUAUACCUUAUUUCUAUAUGUUUUCUUCAUUCUAACCUUCAUCAGUAAUAGGGAAAUGUUUUAAUUUUUUUUUUUUAGUUGAAGGGUAAUGUACCAAAAAAUAUAGUUCAGUGAAUUAAAAUGAAUACACAUGUGCAACCACCAAUGCAGGUCAAGAAAUAGACGAUUGUAGCCCACAAAAGCCCACUCAGCCACUCUCCCAGUCACUACUUCCUUCCUUACCCCUGGGUUAUUUUUGAAAUGACACUUGAUGUAUUCCCCUCUGUCGCUGUUAUGAGAUCAUUGCUACAGCCAAGUGUUGUGUUUCUGUGUGCAUAGGUUGAUACUUAAUUAUCUCCCCACUUUUUAAUAAACUUGUAAUUUGGAAAUAA